UGUUAAGACUGUGUUCGUAAUGUCAGGGUGAUAUUGUCAAUUUUUUGGAAUAAAAAAAUACAAUUCAUCAAAAAAAGGAGUUUAGUACUUUUAAAAAAAACUCCAUACAUAUCGAGACACUUGUUUCUUGCUCUUUUCACUAUACUGGAAAAACACAAUCAUACAGAACAUUUUUCGUGAAGGGAAAUUAAUGUAAUUUAUUCUCCGGAAAGAUUAACAAACAAUCAAGAUGACAGUUAUUACGAAGGCAAUCAGCGAAAAGAAGCCUGCGGAUAAUUUGGAGCAGCCAUUAGUUGUCGUCGAAGUUCCAACGCAAGCAACUCCUAAAAAUGAUCCGGAAUCACAACGUCCAAAGAAAGAUAUGGCUGGUCAUUAUUUAAUUUUGCAACAAAAUGCCCUCCGUCCCAGUGCAAUGACGACAUUAUGUCUUUUCAUCACGGCAAUUCUUGUGAUGAGCAUUGGAAUAAUUGGCGGCGUUUAUAUUUAUAGACAAUAUGGAAGAGCUCAAAUGCAUAGGCUUCGCACCGGUUGGUACAGUAUACCAUACGAUGGAUCAAAUAAAAUUCAAUACGCCCGCGAUCAAAUUCAUCAGGGAUUAUUGGCCGAUUCUGAUUUAUUCAAGUCAUUGUCGAGAGCAACCGAACAGGAGACGAUGGAUCUUGAAAAAUCAUUGCACAACAUCAAGAGUUUCUUUAAGGAACGAUUUGAAAUGGAUAUUGAAAAUGAAAACUACGAGAUUGAUGUUCCCGAUUUUAGUGAGGGACGACAGGGAAGAUUUAUUCACGAUUUCAACAUUAACAAAACAGGAAUAAUCGAUAUUGAUGGAAGUCGUUGCUUUGUCAUGCCUUUGAAUCGUCAACUGGUUUUGCCACCACGCAAUAUGUACGAUCUUCUCAGCAAAAUGUACAACGGAUAUUACGAGGUUGACACGCAAAUUGUUCGUGAGACAAUGAGGGUCCAAACUCCUCCAAUCACGGAUCUUUCAACAAUUGGCACGUACAUUGCUCGUGAAUGCCAAAAUUUGCCAACGUUUAUGCUCGAGAAAGUCGAUUCUAAUGGAAUUUCGAAGCGCAGCAUAUCAGAGGGACAAUUGUUCCGUCAAUUCGCAGGAAAGAACAUUGUGGAACUUAGUAUCGUAAACUAAAGAAAAAAAAGAAGAGAAGUCGCGAAAGUAAAAUCAAUUCUUUAAAUAUUAUAUAGUAGAUUAGCAAAAGAAAAAAAAAAGAAAAUAUAUAUAGGAUUUUGCUGUUCCACGAUGUUCCAAAAUUGCAUCACAAUUGUGUGAUAUUUGUGGGUAUUACAUUUAUAGAUUUAAACUUAAUCUCUUCUUACAAUAAUAAAUUUUACAUUUUUGAUCUUUAAGGAAAAAGCAGA